AUGAACGGUUCUUCCCCUUCCACUCCUGAUAGUAUAAACAUCUGGCGCACUUGGGCCCUGACUGUGACUUAUGAAGCAGGGGAAUAUACCGAACAGAAAUUCAAGGCAGAGAAGACUGGAGGAGGCCCAGUCAUACCUUCCCCCAACCUAGACACUGAUCUGGUGAUGGUGUGCGAUCGCUUGGCUGAUGUACUCAUAAAGGCAUAUAAAAAUCCCAUUCAGAUGCAGGUGGAUAUUGCAAGAUAUAGCAAAUUGAUCUCCCCGAAGGACACCGGGCAUAAUGAACAGAGAGAGGCUAGGUUGCUUGAGAGGUGUCCUCCUGGCCAUGAAGGCAAAAGGUUGGUCGACGAACCUGCCACAAUUCUCGAUGCAUCCGGUGCCAUCAUCGCAUGGUACCUCCCAGACGCCCUGACCGACACCACCCAGAAGGAAAUCAGGGAAGCCACCAAUUUGCUCGCUCCAAGCCUCGAAAAAAGUGUAAGGGCUGAUGGCAAUUGGCGAACUAAUCAAAAGUGGUUCAACCGGGGCUCGGAAGAUGUUGGGGCAACUCCCGGAUGCAUCAAUUUAUCUCCGGCAUGGUUUCAACAGGGACACGAGAAUGUGUCCGAUCCGGAGGUAUCUGCAUCAUUGAAGGGACCUUCCUGCGAGAAUAUCCUCAAAGCCAUUUCAAGGCCAGCAGCCAUCGCGUCCGCGGCACUCAGAGUCAUGCAUCCUGAGCAGUACUGGGCAGGGUUGUGA